GAUUAAUUAUUAUUGGAGUAACCGAGUCGACUCGUGCCAGUACCGAGGCCCAUGCCCGCCAUCCCCAGCUUGGGUAAGCUGCCCCAGUGUUUCACGGGCUCAACGGCGUCCCCCGGUCUGAACUCAGGGGAGAAACGCCAUGCGUCCGUCACCUGGCACUGCUUUUUCUUUGUCUGAAUUCAUUUCUGUGUUGUUUUACUUUAUAGAAACCCUGCUGCUAAAAGAGUCCCGGUGAGAGCGAUUGAGCGAUCGAGCGACGCCAUGCCUGCCCAAUCCACUUAUCCGCCGAUUGACAUCCCCGAUGUCGAUCUCUGGACCUUUCUCUUUGAGAGGGCCGAUAGACCGUUUCCAGAAGACAAAGUAAUCUUCCGGGACGCGGAUACGGACCGAACCUACUCGGUCAAGCAGACCAAAGAGGCCGCUGAGGCGUUUGGACAAGGGCUGAAAUCAAUCUGGAACUGGAAAAAGGGAGAUGUCCUUGCGCUCUUCACUCCCAACUGCAUCGAUACACCUGCCAUUACCUGGGGCACUCAAUGGGCCGGCGGAGUUGUGUCGCCGGCCAACCCAGCCUAUACCCCGGAGGAACUGGCGUAUCAGUUGAAGAACUCUGGAGCCAAGGUGCUCGCUACCCAGGUCCCGUUGCUGCCAGUGGCCCGCGAGGCUGCCAAACGAGCUGGAGUCCCGGAGGAUCGGAUCAUUCUCCUGGGUGACCAGCGGGAUCCGCAGGCCAAGUUCAAGCACUUUACGUCCAUCAGAAACAUCUCGGGUGCGGCCAAAUACCGCAGAACGAAGGUGAACCCCUCUAAGGACCUCGCCUUCCUGGUCUACUCGUCUGGUACGACCGGUGUGCCCAAGGGUGUGAUGCUCUCGCACCGCAACCUGGUAUCCAACAUCCUCCAGGGCCAAGUCGGCGAAGGGAACCAGUUGACCUGGAACGGCGGCGCCGAUGGCCGUGGUGACCGCAUUCUCGCGUUUCUUCCCUUCUAUCAUAUCUAUGGCUUGAACAUGCUCAUCCACCAGCCCAUGUAUACCGGAUUCGAAGCGGUGGUCAUGGCCAAGUUCGACCUCGAAAAAUGGUGCGCUCUCGUUCAGAAGCACCGUAUCACAUUCACGUACGUCGCGCCACCAGUCGUGGUCUUGCUGGGCAAGCACCCCAUCGUGGACAAGUACGACCUCUCCAGUAUCCGCAUGAUGAACUGCGGCGCUGCUCCCCUUACCCGCGAGCUCGUCGAAGUCGUCUGGGGUCGCCUCAAGCUCCGCGUCAAGCAGGGCUACGGUCUCAGCGAGACCAGUCCCGUGACGCACACCCAGCCCUGGGAGGACUGGGACAAGAGCAUCGGCUCUGUCGGAAAACUCCUCCCCAACAUCGAAGCCAAGUACAUGACAUCGCCCGAAGACGAGUCCGAGCCGCAAGAAGUCAAGGUCGGCGAAGUUGGUGAACUCUACAUGCGCGGUCCCAACGUCUUCCUCGGCUACCACAACAACCCCCAGGCCACGGCUGGCUGUCUGUCUCCCGACGGCUGGUUCCGCACCGGCGACGUCGGUUUCCAGGACAAAGACGGCAACUUCUACAUCACCGACCGUGUCAAGGAACUCAUCAAAUACAACGGCUUCCAAGUGGCCCCCGCUGAGCUGGAAGGUAUCCUCAUGGACAACGAGGCAGUCGACGACGUCGCUGUCAUCGGUGUCCAGACCGACGCCAACGGCAGCGAAGUCCCUCGCGCCUAUAUCGUGCGGAGUCCGAAGAGCCUCCACGCGGGAAUCAGCUCAGAGGAGGAAGCCGAGCAUAUCAGCGCCUGGCUGGACCAGAAAGUCGCGUAUCACAAGCGGUUGCGCGGUGGAAUCCGGUUCGUCGACCAGAUCCCCAAGAGCCCUAGCGGUAAGAUCCUGAGACGGAUCUUGAAGGAGCAGGCGAAGAAGGAGCUUCUGAAAGCGAAGUUGUAGGCUGUAGACUGUUUUGCUUCUGUAAUUGCUUCUGUAAUUUUACCAGUAUAUAUAUUGAACUUGGAUAUAGAUAGACCUAUAGUAAACCUUUUCAGGACCAUCUCACAUCUCUGCACACAGCCUGAAAGUCACGGGCUCUAUCAAACGGC